AUGGGUCUAGUCAUCAAGGCUACGUUAAGGGACGAAACUCGUCGACUGGCGUUUGAAAGUAAUAAGUUUCCUCUUUUUGCAGACAUACAACAGCGACUUCGAACUAGCUUCAACCUUCCAUCCACCGCGCAUACAUAUUGGGUCAAUGCCCUUUUCUACCCCAACGACGCGCAAGAUGCUAGGAUCAUGUUCAAGCGACAUAUAUGUGAUGCGGCCGAAUACGAAGCUGCACAAUCCCCUUUCACCCAUGGUCAUUUUGCUGCACCUGCUCUCGUCUUCACCGUACUACUCGCCUCUGAUCCACGUCUAGAAGCGAUUCAUCGUUUCCAUCGCGCCAAUCAAAUGAUCAAAAGUGUGACCGACCUCGAGACCGAAAUCGCAGAACUGAAGGAAAAGCAUAGGUCGGCUACUUCACUCUUUGACGCUCUCGUGAAGAGAAAAGAGAUGGCCCACGCGGAAGGUGACUCCAUGUCUGUAUCGUUUUGGUCUACCAGGAUUGAUGCCAAACGUCAGGCAGUAGAACAGCUCCAGAAGGAACUCGAUGCUCGGGUAGAAGAAGCUGCCAAGCUGAAAGACUCGCUUGAUGCUACUUCCGGUCCCUUUGAGAAGAGUUUCAAGGCCCAUGCGGAGGACGAAAGCAAGGAGGAACAAAUGCGAUCCUUGCAGACUCUCGAAGAACUUGCAGCUUGGACUGCUGGUAAUGAGCAAGAUCACGAGACGCUCUUCCCCGCACUGGAAUCUCUUUUCCUACCGCAGCCUCAAAGACCUACCCCACAGCGGGGACCAUCAGGAAGUCGACUCGAAAACAGCUUCCACAGCCUGCUAAAUCGAGUCUCAGACGUCAUGCACAACCCAGAAACCGCUCGAUCCUUGGUCCCUACCCACGAGAUCAAGACAAUGCUCGACCAUUUCUUGAUGAACCUCACCAAUCAACUCGCCAACACUUUUGACAACGCCGCGUCACCGCAUCACUCCACACAGAGGGAUGUUCCCGGCGCUUACGUCUCUUCGUCUCAGCCCAAGGUCGAAGCUCCCGCACAAACGCAGGCACAGACGCAGACAGAAGAAGCCAAGCCGGCCAGUCCCUCGCGCGGUCUCGGUAGAGGUGGAUUCAGACACAAGCACAUUUCGUGUGAUGGUUGUUUGACUGGAAUUCGGGGUAUGCGAUACAAAUGCGAACAAUGUGCCGAUUAUGACUUGUGUGGAUCUUGCUUGCCACUGCUCAGCACAUCUGAUUUGCACCCUGGCACUCACACCUUCCGUGCCAUGUUGCAUCACGGACUUGAAGAACGUAUCAAACUUCCUUCUCACUUCGACCCAUCUGUCAGACACCCAGCAACCUGCGAUUUAUGCUCGGAAACUAUUCGUGGAGUUCGUUGGAAGUGCCUCAGCUGCCCGGAUUGGGACUGCUGUGGUGUUUGCGCGGCCACCGUCAACGAUACCCAUCCUGGUCACUCCUUCGUCAAGAUGUAUCGCGCCGCUGACUACGUCGAUCGUUCCCCCGAUAUCGCCAAACAAACCUCACACCCCGAUAUCGUAUGUGACGGGUGCGAAAAACAGAUCCACGGUCCGAGAUACAAAUGCAUGCACCCAUCUUGCCCCGAUUAUGAUUUAUGUGAGGCUUGCGAGAUAUCGGCUAUUCCCGUACAUCCCACCGAUCAUCCGAUGCUCAAAACCAAGGUUCCUCUCAAGAUUGACUUCGACUCGACCCUCAAUCAAAAUGGGCUUCUGGUACGCGGACCUGGCAUCACCACUGGCGGUCCCUAUGGUGGACGUCACAUCGGGAGGGAAAGAGGAGCGAGAUAUCUGAGUCUUCAAAGGAGGGCACCUUAUCACCAUGCUGGCUUGGUUCGUGAACAAGUCGUCUCGCCCACCAAAACGAGCGAAGACGAGCGUCCCAUUCCUGGCAGUUAUGUGUUCAAGAACGUCCUUGAGGAAAGUCCUGCGCCGAAGACACUGGCAGAACCGAUUAUCCCCGACAACGAUGUCCCGGUGAACGAACUCCGGAUGUCUGCCGAUGCUCUUCCUGAAUCUUCGCUCCAAGGCAAGAUGGAGCAGCUAAAAGUCAAAGAUUCCAAUGAAAAGGCACCCAUAAACGAGCUUCGACUCGACGCCGAUCUGCUUCCUCGGCCAGCUACUACUGCCCCCGAACACGAGGACGUCCCAAUGUCAGAAGCGUCUGCCGGGAAGUCUGCACAGGACGCCACUAUUCACGAAAAACCCAGUCCGCAAGACAUCUUCGCAUGGGCUCGACACGUGACGAUUCCUUUUGGCUGCGUGCUGCCUGCAGGUGCGGAAUUCACCAAGACCUGGACGGUCAAACAUUUUGCUUCUGGGAAAGAUUACGACUUUAAGAAGGUCAUGCUGCGAUAUGACUCGUCUGUCGAUCUUGGCGUCAUGGCACCUGUGACUUUCGAUGUGUGCGAUGUCAAAGAAGGACAAGAGACGGAGAUCAAGGUUGAGGGAUUGCGAGUGCCUCAGAAAGCAGGUGAGGAAAUUGAAGUGGAAUGGAGAAUUGUCGAUGAGCGCGGAGUUGUGUAUGGACAGCCUUUACGAUUGCGGUGA